GCGCAUUGCCAUCCGUGAAUCUCAAAGAAACUUGGGCCCCUGAUAGCAUGCAUCUCCUCCUACUUCAGCUGCUGGUGCUCCUCCCUCUAGGGAAGGCUGCAAGGCACAGGGGUGGCCGCCAGAGUCAGAGUUCUGUUUCUCUUGCGCUCCUACACAGGAAUCGCAGAGAGCUCCUCAUGGGCAACCACGAGGAAGCAGAGGAGAAGCCAGAUCUGUUUGUGGCAGUGCCACACCUGAUAGGUGCCAGCACUGCAGGGGAAGGCCAGAGGCAGAGAGAGAAGAUGCUGUCCAGGUUUGGCAGAUUCUGGAAGAAGCCUGAGAGAGAAGUGCACCCACCCCAGGACUUGGUCAGUGAGUACUUCCCAUCUGGGACCCAGGCACUCACUCAGCCAAAGGAUGGGAUGCAGAUGAAGAAAUCUCCUCUUCGGGAAGAAGCCAAGAAAUUCUGGCACCACUUCAUGUUCAGAAUGAGUCCAGCUUCUCAGGGGGUCAUCUUGCCCAUCAAAAGCCAUGAAGUGCAUCAGGAGACCUGUAGGACAGUGCCCUUCGGCCAGACUGUCACCCACGAACACUGUGAGAAAGUAGUUGUACAGAACAACCUUUGCUUUGGGAAAUGUGGGUCUGUUCGUUCUCCUGGAGCUGCGCAGCACCCCCACACCUUCUGCUUCCACUGCUCGCCUGCCAAGUUCACCACAAUGCACUUGCAGCUGAACUGUACCGGCCUUGCCCCCGUGGUCAAGGUGGUGAUGCUGGUGGAGGAGUGCCAGUGCAAGGUGAAGACAGAGCAUGAGCAUGGACACCUCCUACAGGCAGGCUCCCAGGCAGAAUUUCAGGCCCAGGAUCCCUUUAUCCCAGGAUUUUCAACUUAAAAAGCUAUCCCACUAUUACCUUUGAAAAGCAAAACCACAAUAGCAAAGUUGCUGAUUAUUCGGUCUGGAAAUAUUUAGUGGGUCUGUAAUAUUUUAAGGGAAAGGUGGUUUAAAAAGUAGUAAGAUGGAACAGUUUAGAGGAAAUUGUAUUCAUCUAGUUAUUGGUACACAUUUGGGAUCUAGCCUUGGCUCUGCCACUAACUGGCCAUAGGAUGCUAACAAGUUAACAAGUAGAAAAGCUUUCUCCACCUCGAAUUUUUCUUCUAUAUACGAGGGAUGUGAACUAAAUGAUUGCUAAAGUCCUUUGCACUACUAUAAUGUUCCAUGAUCUAUUGUCUCCAAGUUUUGGUAAAAGUGUUCUAUCUGAAGAAGGAAAAGAAAUAAACUAGACCAUAAAAAUGGGCUUUUUUAAUAGCUUGUCAAAGCACCAGAAAAAAAGGAGGGGGGGCAUAUUUUUAGAAAGGAUUACUUAUACUUGUAGCUGCCUUUGCAUCUCAGACAGUGUUUUAUUUGACUUCUAUCAGAUGAUUAAUGAGUUUCAUAGAUGUAAGGAGUAAGUUGUUUGGUUACCUCCUUAUUUUUGAUACUCCUCAAAUAAAGUUCUUAAUGUUUGGUCUCUGGCUUUGAGGAAGGAAUGUUGGUGUUACUUUUAGUGGUUUACAUAGGGACCAAGAACAAUUAUGGGGAAGGAAAAACACAUGACCAGUACCAGGGUAGAAGGUCGAUCCAGUGAUGCUAACAAAAGUGACCAAGGAAUUCCAGUAGAUGUCAAAUUAAACAAAAUGCAAAUGAUUUAAAAUUGAAACAAUUUACAGCGAAAUCCUUUAUCCACAGGCAUUUUGGAUUAGGUAGCAAGUAAGGGUUCUGUGUCUGGAGGACUGUUUUUUACUACUGUAUAAACACUUGGUACUACAAAUUGUAUUCUGCAAACUCCACAAUUGCAAGUUCUGAAAAUAUUCUGAAUGCUUUAAGGUAUUAAAUUGUAGUGUAUGAAACAUU